AUGCCAAGGAUUAUCAACGACCCAAACUUAAACAUUUGCCCGGACUAUGCCUCACCGCACUAUGCUAACGCACAAGCGCAACUGGUAAACGACAAUGUAACCGAGGAGCAGUCCAUACAGCUCCUCAGGACCAUCUGGCGCGCAGCCAACAACGCAGACAUUGACCUUUGGGAAGGUCAGGUAGAGGUCGAAAGAGAGCAACGCGAGAACUUACGUCGGAUACAAGAGGAGGAGCAAGACAGAAUAGAGCAGGAGCGCAUCGACGAGGAAGAGUCAGCACGGAAAGAAGAGAAAAAGAAGCACAAGCAUAAGUUUAUGCCAAUCCCGGAAGACACUGGCGUUCCAGACGAACCCUCCAUAAUUCCCUCCUCCUACGCGAUUCGCAAGCUCAACAAAGGCGAGUACCUCAAACUGUGGUAUUUCACUAACGAUGGUCUAGACGAGGCACACUCCAAAAAGACCAUCGACGAUGAUGCCAUGGUCAUGUCCACCCUCCCAGAUGGAUCCACAGCCUGGGUGUCGGCAACAGCAGCACGCAACGCCUCGUCCGUCGUAGACGAUGAGAACCUCUCCUUCGAGGAAUUUUGCAUAGCCUACCCAAGGUUCAUAGCGGCCAUCGAAGAGGCCGACUGGCCACAAGACCGAGUUCGCAUGAUGGCCUUUUUCUGGAAGAAUAUACAGAUCCACCCUUAUCGUUCCAUGCGGGACCCGCUUGCCCAGAAGGCUUUACUAGUUUAUCAAGCCGAGCAACGCAAACGUUGGCACGUUGUCGCGAAAUCGGCAGCGGGUCCAUACAAUCUGUCCACCAUCAAUCAGAAGGUGUUAGACGCAACGAGGGAGAGAGUAUACUGGCUAGAGCGUACCAAAAAAGACAACCAACGAGAUUAUAAGGUUAGCAAACUUUCCAUUGCGAAAUUUCGAACCAUUACUAAAUGCUUCUCUCGCACCCAAUUUUCUUCUUAA